CAUGCCCCAUGCCCCAGCCACCCAUCUGCUGACCAAUGGGCUGCCAGGGAAGAUCAGAUGUCACUAUAACAUGAAGGGGUUGAGGCUGUCGGCCAGUGCCUGCUGCUGAUCCUGUCCACAAGAAGCCCCCAGCCUUUCUCAGACUCAACUGCAGACACAACUCACCGCCACCAUGUCUGACGAAGAAACUGAACAAGUCGAGGAACAAUACGAAGAGGAAGAGGAGGCCCAGGAAGAAGAGGAGAAACCAAGACCCAAACUUACUGCUCCUAAGAUCCCAGAAGGCGAGAAAGUAGACUUCGAUGAUAUCCAGAAAAAGCGACAGAACAAGGACCUCAUGGAGCUCCAGGCCCUCAUUGACAGCCACUUUGAGGCUAGAAAGAAAGAAGAGGAAGAGCUGAUUGCGCUCAAGGAGAGAAUUGAGAAGCGCCGGGCAGAGAGGGCUGAGCAGCAGAGGAUCCGCGCUGAGAAGGAGCGGGAGCGCCAGAACAGACUGGCGGAGGAGAAGGCCAGAAGAGAGGAGGAAGAUGCCAAGAGAAGAGCUGAGGAUGACAUGAAGAAGAAAAAGGCACUGUCCUCCAUGGGUGCCAACUACAGCAGCUACCUGGCCAAGGCUGACCAGAAGAGGGGCAAGAAGCAGACAGCCAGGGAGAUGAAGAAGAAGAUUCUUGCAGAAAGACGCAAGCCUCUGAACAUCGACCAUCUUAGUGAUGACAAGCUGAGGGACAAGGCCAAGGAGCUCUGGGAUACCCUGUACCAACUGGAGACCGACAAGUUUGAGUUUGGGGAAAAGCUGAAACGCCAAAAAUACGAUAUCAUGACUGUCCGGGCCAGAGUGGAGAUGCUGGCCAAGUUCAGCAAGAAGGCUGGCGCCACAGCCAAGGGCAAAGUCGGUGGGCGCUGGAAGUAAAGGAGCCAAGAGGUGCAUUGCAGCAGAGACCCUGCACCCUGACUCCUGCCAGGCCCAUUAUUCCAGCUCUGCACCCUCCAACCCUCAUGCCCAGGCUUUUUCUGGAGCUCAGGGCCCAUUCUGCCUCAAUGCCCUCAUCUUCUGGGGUCUGGGAAUAAAGUUGUCAGACUCCCCUCUA